GCGUGUGGUCAGUGGGGUGGGCAGGGGGGUCCUUUCUGUAUCAGAGUAAGUUACUGUGGGGUAUCCGGAUGGUUUGUUCAAAGAUACAGUCUAUAUUUGUGCUGCAGCCGCUGUGCUGGGUAAGGGCAAUGUUUAGAUGGGUGAGGUGGCUGUCACACGCAUGGGAACAGUUUAUUUUCAAGUGGUGUUAGAGCCAUGGCUCUCAACAUUUUUGGACUCAAGCCCCCCGCCACUGGGGCACUCAAGCCCCCCUCCCUGGACUUCUGUCAAUUCAGUGGCACCUAAUUUCAGAAGAGCCAUCUCAUCAUCUCCUUGCACAGGAGCGAUGCAGUGGUGAGGGAUUGGCCAGACAGGGACAAACCUGAGCUUAUCUGCUUAUUUCCUCACACCUCACUUCCCUCCUCUCAAAUCAAGGUGCCCUUUCAAGGAUCUGAUGGCACCCCAGGGUGCUGUAGCACCUGAAUAAGAAUCAUUGGGUUAAAGUGAAGUUGUAGCUGGAAUUAAUUCCUGGACCAACAUGGCGACAAAAUCACUCUAACAUACCAUGACAGGAAAGAUAGCCUUUAUUUUCUUCACUGGGACUCAGUUUGGCUGGAGGUCUCUCUUAUUUGGACUAGACAUAAGAAAAGAGUUCUUUAUGGUCAAAGUGUCCAAGGUCUGGGACAGACUCCCCCUGAGGUGGUGCAAGCACCCACUCUGGACUCUUUAAAAAAACAGGUGAAUAUACUUCUUGCUGGGGUCACUUGAUCCCAGCUGACUUCCCGUCUAGGGUGCAGGGGGGUGGACCGCAUGAUCUCAUGAGGUCCUUUCCAGCCCUUAAUGCCUAUGAAAUCUGUGGUGUCACUGUGGAGUCACCGGUCCGUUCUGAGAUUGCUGCCGUCCUGCCAGGGAACAGCGCAGCGCCCGGGGCACGGGGACGUGGCUGCAGGGCAGAUCUUUCCCACACCCUGCGAUCCUGAGAUGCUGGAGACCCAGAGCCUGACCCCACUUGGCACGUGCUUCACAGCCUUUCCCCUGGAUCAGGGCCCCGGGCUUCGGGCCUCUGCCUCACUCUUCUUGUGGAGAGACUGGACAUGUUAUGGAGCUCUGCUUGUGGCCUUGGGGCUGCCAGCUGGUGGUCUCAGAGUGAGAUUUCCUCUUGCCCUGCUGCUUGCCUUCACCCCAGGGAAUUGACUGCAGAUGAGAUAUGUUUAGCAGAAGCUGCCUGGGGUCAGGUCUCCCCCACCGACUUCCCCUGAAGGCCAUGGGGAAGCCCAGGGGCUCUUCUACCUUAGUGCUGACCCAGGGCCCAGCAUGGGGCUUCCCACCUAGCCCUUCACAGAGAAACAGCCCCAGGUCCUGGCACCAGUGAGGGGCAUCACAUCUCCCCCAGAGGUGCAUUCAGUGUCCAGGCUCUAGGAGGGCCCCAGAGGCUGACUGUUCACACCCCAACCAGUGCCAGACUUCAUGGCCUCUGACACCACAGGACACCAUCUCCAAGCUGCAAUUUGGAAGGGGCUCCUGCCACAUACCAGUGUUGCACCUGGCAGCCCCAUACACCACCUCUGCCCAGAGUGCAAGAAUGGCUAGUUCCACCUCGCCAAGUCAGGCUUGUCAUCCCUGCAGUUUGGCACAUUACCUAUAGAUGAUCGGACAGUGUUUCCAUUGCAAGAGCCCAAGCCACAGAACAGGUUGCAGGAAGACAGACUUGGAAAAAGCUGUUAGCCUGCACCAAGCUGCAGUGAUCCAUCAGGAUAGACCAGAAAAGCUGGGAGUGUAACAGGAUGCAGCUGUACUGGAUAGACUGAGGAGCAGGAGAAGCAGCUGGGAGACAGGGAGAAAACCAGAUAAGAACAAGGAGAAAAACAGGCAGAAGAGACUCCACACAUUGAAUGAAAAGAGGUGUGAAGGGACACAAACCGCACACAGUGUGGGAGCAGGCACGGACCCAGACAGUGUCCCUCAUUAGAAAAACUUUCCUACAAGGGAGAUAGAGAGGGAUCCAAUUUGCAAGACUUGGCAACUCAGAGCAGCAGAAGUUAAAAGAACCACUAUCAAGCCACGUACCCACAUGGGCUGUGGAUGUUGCUUUCACUAUACUUACAAACAACGGGGAAUCCUAACACUAGGGGCUGCUAAUUACUAAUGCUAAUAACUAAAUGCUCACACUCAUUUCUGUCUUCCCAGAAGGGCGUCUCCAGCUGCUUCAUAACAUUGUCUGCUCUCCUAUUUUCUCUGGCCUUUUCAGAGCUGUGGGGCAUCUGACAGACAGACUGCAAUUUAGACACAUAAAGGGAAGGAGUGGACACCUCCACCCAUCCCCCUUGCAGGGCAGCACUUGUCCCCUGGGUUGGUGACUGCUGAAGUUGGAUGGACUGAGGGGGACCUGAUCUAUAAACAAGUCUGAGUUUGUGGGGAUGUUCAUUAAUUAGCCUUGUCUUGCCAUCUCAAGUUGGCCUGGCCUCUGGGCUCAACCAAUUUGGGAUUUAACCCAUUCUUCAUGGUAAUUUGGCAUCUAAAUCCAAUCCUAUUCCAGCCUGCUUGAGCCCCUUUAAAACCAUGAACACGUUGAUGCUGCCCAUCUUGGCCUCUCACUAGCAGAUAAUAUAGCAUCAGGGAGGAGGAGGAACUGCCCUUCUGCAGCACUAAAGGCUUUGGGUGGAAGAGAAUCGUCCUCAGAUGUGUUGGAGACCACUGCCCUAGUGUUAAGAACCCCCCAGGUUAUGAAUAUCUUGACUGAAGGAUCAUGGAGGAACGAAGACGUUUGCAGACUGGGCGGGGCAUUUGUGAUGUGAGACGCUACCAGCGUCUCCAUCAGGACACUCAAGUGGCAAUUGAGGCAAGUAAAGCGCAGGCCAAGAAGCUGCAGCGGGAGGAAAGGGUCCUCCUGCUGCUGGUGCCGACUCCAGCAGUCCUGGGGCAGCUCCAUGAAGUGAGGAAGCAGAGGUUUCGGCUGGGCAGGGAACAGAGGCAGCAGAGCAUCCGGCUGCAGCAGCUGGAACUGAUUCUUACAAAGAGGGACCAGAGCCAGGAGCAGCACCACUGGGGCAAGCAAUUUCAGCAAAACAGUGGAAGGAGUCAGAAGGAUGCCUCCUCCAAGGCUGGGCCCUCAUCUUCUCCAAAGAAGACACGAUUCCCCCCAGUCUAAAUAAUAAACUCGAGUGUUAAAAUUCAGCCAGGCUCAGGAUAUCAUUAAGGACAAUGGCUGGGCACUGUAGGGGAGAAAGUGUGUGGUUGUCACCAAAUGAGCCGGCCAGAGGGCCCUGAACUUCAAAACAGAGGAACUUCCACAAAGAUGCUCAUGGAAAUGGAGACCUGCUGUUCUGAAAAGAGAAGUCUCUUAGUCUGACCAAAACUUAAAAAUGUCUCUCUCAAUCAGGGACCUUAGCUGUAGUACUAAGGAUGAGAAGAAGAGUAAUGCAUGGGUACAUUGGGAGUAAACUAGGAAGGCUGAGGCACAAAUGGAGCUACAUCUAGCACAGGGGUCAAAAAGACAACACAACAGCCUUCUACCAGGACGCUAGAAGAGGAGGACCAAGAAAAGUGUAGGCCUCUCCCCAUGGGAUUUGGAAGCUAAUUAAGGAAGAGCAAGAGAUGGCAUCUUCAGUUUAGCUGCCAGGAUAGAGGUCAACUCUUAGAUGAAGAGCGCAGUUGGUAGCAAGGACAGGGGUGGAGACAACUACUCUACAGUAAGGGAAGAUGUUUUUAGAGAUUUCUUACUUAGAGAUGACUUGGGCAUCGUGUUUCAGUCUGCAGGGCCAGAGGCAUUCACCUUGAGUACUCAAAGAGCUGGCUGUUAUCUCUGAGGACUCACAAGGAGCAGGGGACUUCCAAAAAUGCACAAGGAGCCAAUACAAUGACCAUCUUUUAAAAAGGAGGGGAGAAAGGGGACAAGGGAAUUCCAGGGCAGUCAGUCUAAUUUGACCUCUGGAAAACCUUGGCACAUGACAUCUAGGAAUAUACUUCUAGGCACCUGGAAGACAGCAAAGUGAUGAGGAACAGCCCAUGUGGAUUUGUCAAGAGCAACACUUGCACACACAGGCUGAUUUCCUUCUAGGACAAGGUGAAGGUCUUUAUAGGAUGGGGAGGGCAGUGGCUCUGACACGGCUCCGACCUGAGCCAGGCUGGGGCUGGGGGGCAAUCAGGUGCUAUACAGACUCCUUCCUGGAUGAGGAGCUGAUCUGAGCUGAUAGGGAGUGUCUCCCACCCCUAUACCAGUUGUUACACCUUCUCCUCUCAGAUGCAAACUUCUAAUUGUUUGUUCUCCUCACAACCAUGGGUUUCCCAUGGAGAAAGAUGGAAAUUGGAGCUGAGCAUGGCACUGUAUUCACCUCAUUAGUGUCUUGCUUAGGAUACAGUGAAACUCUUUUUUAACUAGUUGCAGUUCUUCAGAGGGGCCUGAAAACUUGAUGAACCUGAAAAUAACUCGCUGGCAUGCAUCAACCAACGCAUCUUGUGUAAAACUAAGGAAGUGAUACUCCCACUGUACUCAGCAGAGGAGUGCAUCAGGAGCUCGGUGAACAACUGUUCACUAGGGCACCCCCGGGGAAGACCAGGACCAAUGGAUACAAACUCCUGGAAGGCUGCUUCAGGCUUAUACCAGGAAUAACUCCUUCACAGUCAGGGUGUCCAGACUGUGUGGAAUAAGCUCCCUCCAGAGGUGGUGCAAUCACCUACCCUGGAGGUUUUCAAGGAGACUGGACAGUCACCUCACUGGGGUCACUUAACCCCAGUUGUCUUCCUGCCUAGAGCUGGUUGAGGGAAGGGGGGCUGGACCCAGUGAUCUGCCAAGUCCCUUCCAGCCCCUAAAAAUCUAUGAAUUUAUGAGAAACACAAUGUGAAGCCCAAGCAAAGGCAGAAGGCUUUGCACAAUCUUGGUUAAAAUCCUCCAUGGGCUUCAGCACACUUGGGGGCAAGAAACAGUUGAAGGAAAACUUGGCUCAGUUUUACCUAAAGAUUUCAGGAAACUCCUGAAACAGGGCCAAGAAUGAUGCUGUCACAAAACUGGAGACCAGAGAAAAAGUCCCUGGCUUGGGUUUCCCCUGUAAAAAGCGAGAACCGCUUGGGAUGAGAGCUCGAGGGUGGCUGGAGGGGAACGCUCUGCCCUUUGGACUGGUGGCAGACAAGUUCUUCAGGUAAACGUGAUAGCAAUCUUUUAUCAGACCAACUAAAUAGAAAAAAUGUUCUUUGCAAGCUUUUGGCCACAGACACCCUUCUUCAGGCAUAGGGAGAGUCUGCUGGUGUCUGUCUGCUCUUCUGGCAGGAACAGAAGCUUGAGCCGACAUGCAAAAGGCAGGUCUGUGAAAAUGGCUCCUUUAAACUGAUUUCACUUUCACUAAAGCCAAGGCAGAGCUCCCAGGGAAGCAAGUUGAAGUAUAACAGUGUUGUAACCAGAGGCUGCCCCUCUCCUCCUCUGCUACUUGAGUUACCAGCCACAAGCAGCUGCUCAGCCUCUAGUUGCCUUCUCUCACUGCCCUCCAAGGAACCUGCUGCGACCAACACGCACCACGGAUAUCUCUGUGUGCAUGAAAACUGGAGUCUGUUUUACAUCAGUGGGAACCAACAACUUGGAACAGCAUCUGAAAUGAG